CUUUCAGGUGUGCGAUCAGAGAAGAGCUCUGGAUUCUUUAUGCAUUGUCUUUGUGCUGUUAGCGCCCUAUAACCAUAUUAACCGUAUCUGAUGAAGUCUAUCACCUCCGUCCUGAAAGCUUUUAACAUCUACAAAAAGACAUUUUGGAGCCAAUGACAUAGACUAGCUACUAGAUUUUUCAAAAGGUGGGAAACGUAUGUUCUGGUUUCAAGGUCGAUUAGGGUUAUAAUAAAAUUGCCGUAUUGGGCUGCAUCGCGUACCUAAUAGCAUUGCCAUAUAAAACUGUACGUGCGUAAGGGUGGAUGAACCGCAAAUUUUCUUGAAUUUUUGUGCAAAUUCUAAUUUCUUCCAAGUGCAGAUAAUAACUAGCGACCAUCUCAUGAGUAAACAAAAGUUUUGAACGCUUCCUUAAUGGGCCACAUGUUUCUGAUCAGUAGUACCCUAAUUCCUAUGUUAUACUUAGUACCAGUUUAACAUUAUAAUGUUCAUCUGCCAGAUUGCUACAUGGGUACACUGUUAUAUGGAUGCGUUAUUAUUAAUGUUAUUGUGUUAUUCCCUGUAAGAAUCUACCAACGUGGAGGCUUAAUCUGUUUGAUUUUAUGUCAGAAUGCAUUUCCAGUGUAUUGGAAAAAAUGAAUUUCGAGCUGCAUCCAUUUACUUGCAACAUAUAUACAUUUCCUGUAACCAUGAGGAGCUCUAUGGAAGUUUGCACUGCCUAACACUGUUUGGAGAGUGGAUGGCUUUGUCUAAAAAUACCUUCUGAUACUGGUCAGUCCUUCACUCCUUACGCUGCAUUUUUCAGUCCUAUAUGCAAUCAGUGCUUGCUAUAUAGAGACAUUUUUUAUUUAGCAGAGAAAUAAGUCCUUAUGGUACAAUAGCCUCUGCAUUCAUAUCAUGUGUCCAGACACUCAGGGGAUGCCUCCCCGUGACGGAAACCGUAGUCAGUUUAAACUAUUUUAACAAUAAAAUACAGGACUGCAAUGUUGUGAUGAGAGAGAAAGAGGCAAAACCCCACAGCAGCAGCAGCAACACGUGAUUGUAGCCGAGGAGCGAGGUUUAUUGGCUCGGAGAGAAGGGCACCUGCUCCCACAAGGCACAGAAAGACAAAUAAAUAAAUAAAUAAAUGAGUCACAGCCGUCACCGUAAUAAAAAUAAUAGCAGAGAUGGUUGGAACUGAGCACUGCCGCUAGACACAUCACAGGGAACAAAGAUGGUAAAAAAUGCCGAGCUGGCUGUUGCGCUGCUGCCGCUGCUGGUCACACAUCUCUUGUCCUCGUAAGGCAGCGGGACCGUCACCGAGCUCGAGUACACGUAGCCUCCUUGUAGAGGCGCAGCAGAUGCACCACCUCUAUCAGACCCCCUGAGCAUGUCGAGGAGGAAAAUCUCGUCGGAGUCCUUCAGCUCGAUAGGAUCUGAUUACCCAGAAAGUCCCCAUGAUGGGGUCGAUUGCCCCUUUUCACGGAUCUUACGGGAUGGAAAGAACUCACCAGUGUCGCUGGCACGUUUGGCCGUGGAGGCGACAGCAGAAGAGCCGGCUAGUGGCGUUGGAAACCGGGAGAUGAGGAGGAGGCGGAGAAGAGGGGUCAACCUUGACUCCUUAGGCGACAGUAUCCGGAAACUCACCUCUCCAACGAAACAUACAGUAUUACUCACUAUUCAACGAACUAUACAACAUUAUGAACAGCAAGUUAUCAGGGAUACUGAAAAGGAAUUUCAUAAUACAAGAUACUCCUAUGCAGACCACAUUUUCAAUGAUGAAUUUGAAGAUGUCUCAGGAAUACUCCAAAGCACAGCUAAUUUAUUUGGUGUAAAGUUUGAAGAUAUGCAGGAACGAUUUGGGGAAGAAUUCUUUACUGUUUGCUUUGAAGAAAAUGAAAGAGUCCUGAAAGCAGUGGGUAGCACGCUACUGGAUUUCUUCAACAGUUUUGAUGCACUGAUGGAACACAUUCAUAUAUCUUGUGGUAAACAGUCCACUACUGAAUUGCCUUCUUUUCUAUGCAAAGAAGAGUCUGAUGACACAUUUCUGCUGCACUACUUUAACCCACAUAAAGUUGUUGGAUUUGCAAUGCCUGGGAUGAUAAAAGCAACAGCUAAGAAAGUGUAUCAGCUGGAUGUAGCUGUAGAAAAAGUCCUGUGCACAAAUAAGAAACUGUGCUGCUUAGGUGAGAACCAUGUCAGCUGUAACUGUCUCUCAUUUAUUGUGAAAGGUUGUGCAAAUAAUAAAUAUAUCAAACAGACACUUCCGUUAAGAUUAUCACAUUCUCCGCCAGACCUGACGAUAAGCAAUAACACUUUUCGCCGUGCAUUUCCUUUUCAUUUGAUGAUCGAUUCGUCUAUGGUUAUUUUUCAGAUCGGAGAAGGUUUAAGAAAGCAGCUAAAAUGUGACUCUUUCAAAACAUUAAAAUUCCAGCAAUGUUUUGAUGUAGUCUCCCCAAAAAUCACCUGUACAUUCCAGAGGAUACUUCUAAGGAUGUCUACCCCAUUUGUGAUUCGAACCAAAACUGAAGAUUCUGGGAUAGAGAGCAAGGACAGUGUAAUGGAAAUUAAAGGGCAGAUGAUACAUGUCCCUGAGUCAAACACUAUUCUGUUUUUGGGCUCCCCAUGUAUUGAUAAAUUGGAUGAGUUGAUGGGUCGAGGACUGCAUCUCUCUGACAUCCCUACCCAUGAUGCUACGCGCGAUGUUAUCCUAGUAGGAGAGCAGGCCAAAGCUCAAGAUGGCUUAAAAAAAAGGAUGGAUAAAUUAAAAGCAACUCUUGAAAAAACUCACCAAGCUCUGGAGGAAGAGAAGAAAAAGACAGUGGAUCUUCUGUACUCUAUUUUUCCAGGAGAUGUAGCCCAACAACUUUGGCAAGAAAAAACUGUGCCAGCCAGAAAGUUUGAUGAUGUCACGAUGCUGUUCUCUGAUAUUGUUGGUUUCACUGCUGUCUGUGCUCAGUGUACUCCAAUGCAAGUGAUUAGUAUGCUAAAUGAACUGUAUACUCGGUUUGAUUACCAGUGUGGCAUCUUGGAUAUCUAUAAGGUGGAAACCAUUGGAGAUGCGUAUUGUGUUGCUGGAGGCCUUCACAGCAAGACCAAUAGUCAUGCAAAGCCCAUAGCCCUGAUGGCAUUAAAGAUGAUGGAGUUGUCAGAGGAAGUGCGUACGCCAGAUGGAGAAGUUAUUAAGCUAAGAGUAGGAAUCCAUUCUGGAUCAGUGCUUGCUGGUGUUGUCGGUGUACAAAUGCCACGCUACUGUCUGUUUGGAAACAAUGUCACACUUGCGAACAAGUUUGAAUCUGGAAGUCAACCACGUCGUAUCAAUGUCAGCCCAACUACAUAUAAGUUGUUAAAGGGAGACACCAGUUUCAGAUUUAUUCCUCGAUCCCGAGAAGCUCUUCCAGAUAACUUCCCAAAAGAAAUACCUGGAAUAUGCUAUUUUCUGGAAGCAAAUACCUUUAGAAGUCAACCAAAGCCUAUUGUGCUGCCCAGAGUGAAGAAGGUUUCAUACAAUAUUGGGACUAUGUUUCUACGGGAGACAAGUCUGUGAGCCACACGGACACCAGAAACUGCACAAAUAAGAAAAAGCACAAAUCUAUAUUCUUUGACACAACAAAGAAGCAGAAUUUAAUUUUUACUUUUUGGCCUGCAUCAAAAUAGAAAGGAAAUAGAAGUAAAGGUCUUUACUGUUGACUUAGGCAAUAAUUAGGUUUUGUACAUAAUUUCCAUCAGUGAAACUGUAAUCUGUUAGCGAUUAGAAAAAAAUAAAAAUGAUAUAAUGUGGCCUGUUGUUGUCUUUAGAUAGCAGUGUUGGACUCAAAUGUAAAUUGUAGUUCCUCAUAGUUAUUUUUAUAGUGCUGUGAUAUUUCUCCUCCAGUUUUUGAGAACAGCAGCCAAAGCAAAUGUUGAGCUCUGAUUUACUGUAGCUUAAUUUUCAUUUUUACCUUCAUUGUUUAAAUAUUAUUCUAUAAUGUUUAAAGUUUUAGCUCAUGUAAUUAGUAUACUGUAUUUUAGUGGCAGUGGCUAAUAAGCUGUGGGAGCCAUGCAGCUUAUUAAUAGCCUUAUGUAGUAUGACUAGAACAUUUAAAAAAGUCUAUAACAAGAUAUGACUGUAUAUACAUCAUACAGAUAUAAACACAUAUAUGUAUAUAUUAAGUUAUCAUGAAUGAAUGUUUCAAGCAUUUAGUUAACCAUAAAAAUGUGGUGGACCAACUAUGGUGCUGUACUAACUGCUAUUAUUACAAAAGGUCCUGAACUGAUGGCAGUUAACAGUUUCCAUAAGCCUGUAGUACAUACAGGCAUGCACAUACAUUUAAUUCCUAAUAAAUGUCACUGUAA